CGCGCCCAAGCCGCCCCGCUCCGCGCGGGGGUGGGGUGGCUUUAGCUCCCCCGAGGCCUCAGUCUCCCAGUCUCCUCGGGUCUUGGCGAGGCCUCCUUGCGUUCGGGUUGGAGGCUUGCACAACCUCCAAGUUGCGGUCGCAGCGCUCUGGGCGGACGUUGACCUUGACUCUGGGAGAGGUUCCGGACCCGGGAAGGUCCCAGUUGGGCUCGGCCUCACAGACAGGUGGUACUAGGGCAUCGGAGUUCUCGGGCUUCUGCUUCUGGCCGCAAUUUCCUCAUCAGUUGACUGUUUCCUAAAGUUGUUGCCAGAAGCAAAUGCACGUGUAGCUCUCCGCAUACAGCAGGCACUCAGUGCUCGUGGCAGGUUAUCGUUGUCGCCGCUUAGUGUCAACACUUUCUCCUCUGCUUAUUUACUGGUUUGCUUCGUGUUCUGUAAAAAGCAGCGUCCCUCCUGGUCCAUGCUGUUUAUGGCUUUCGAAUCCGCACACAGUAAGUGCCCAGUAUGUGAGCCACAGCUGUUCUACGCACAGCUGUCCUUCACAGGGCGUUGAGGGGGGUGGUGGCGUCUCACAUCCCGGUUUUACAGGAGAGAAAACAGACCUGGGGGAAGAAAAGCCCACAGAAGCUCUCACGGAGCAGUGGGCAGGGGUUGGCGCUUUCGCCACACUGUGUGCCCCGCGGCCCAAUAGGUAAUAACGAGGUGGGAGAAUGUGGGUCUUUAGGCGAGGUGCGGUCUGUCUGCCCGGGAGGACCGUCACACACACAACCACCCCGUGGUGGGCUCGGAAUGCUGCUCUGCAUCUUUAAAUCCGGACUUCGCUGGAGAGUCCCGUCCCUGAGGGAGCGUGGCUGGCCAGUCAUUGGCUGAGCCGCGCAGUAUUUUGGAACGUGCGCGCUGCAGUCCGGGGCUCCGAUUGGAGGGAAGGCCUGCUCGUCUGCGUGCCUCCGGGGUCAGCGGCCGCCUCGGGGCCUCUGCGUUCGGUUCCCGGGUCCUCCACCUUCCAUUCUCAGGCAGGUCUGGCCAUCAGGGCCCUGCGAACCCGCUGUGUCCUCCGGUGGGUGCGCUGACUCCGAGACGCAGCACUUGGUUUCCAGGACCUCAGCGACCUCACUUUUGAAUGGGGCCAUAACAGGCCCAACUGUGGGCAGCUACGUGACCUGCUCAGCCCUGGCCCAGGACUGGAGGGUUUGGCCAACCCGGAGGACUGGCGGCAUCCAGGGCCUGGCUGCACAGAGUGGGUUAUUUUUAACUCCCCGCGCCCUCCCCUACUUCCCCGAAUUGGAAGGCUUCCGGCUGGGGCCUGUGCGACCCUGCAGUCUGAGUCCCAGUUUAGAUAAGUGUUGGAGUUAAAAUGCUUUUACAGUUUGCAGAGUGAAUUACUGGUCCUGCUGUGGGUGGCAGUGUUGAUUCCCAUGGCUUGAAUGGGGAAAUAGAAACGGGCUGUGGGGUCGUGGUGGGUCACCUGGUUACCCUGUGACCUCACCGGGCCCCAGAGCUGGGUCUUAUUUAUAGUGUGGGGUAAGUGGGCAGGUGUCCAGGGCUGAGUCACACAGUGCUUCAGGCUUCAGCCAUUCCAGGCAUCUUGUCACCUGGCAGCUGGGCCACAAGCACCCAAAGUCCAUCAGGGAGGUCAGAAGUCCUUGGUGCCCCAGUAGGCUGUGACCUCAUGACUUGGUGGACUGGUCCUUGAGAGAGUUCUACUUCUGCUUCUCAAGUGCCUGGCCCUACCUGAUCACACACUUCAGAGCUGCUCACUUCCGGCUGCUCACUUCACCGCUGCCUGUGCCAGUUCACUGGCAGAUCAUGGCAGAGUUCUCCCAGAAGCGGGGAAAGCAUCGUGGCGACGAGGCCCUGGGCAGCGCUGUGGACUUCCUCCUGGCCAAUGCCCGCCUGGUGCUGGGUGUGGGCGGGGCUGCUGUGCUGGGCAUUGCUACCCUGGCAGUGAAGCGGCUCAUUGACAGGGCCACUAGCCCUAGGGAUGAAGAUGAUGCUAAGGGGGACAGCUGGAAGGAACUAAACCUGCUCAAGGCCACACCGCACCAACAGCCCCGGCCUCCACCUGCUUCCCUCAGCCAGCCUGUGUCGCUCCCAGCCCCCUUGCCCUCUGCCCCAGAAGGUCCCACAGAUACUGAGCUUCAGAAGCCACCUCAACUCGGCUCCCCAGUACCACUGUGUCUGACGUUCCAGGAGAAGUUGCUGGCAUUUGAGCGGGAACAUGUGGUUAUCCCAGCAGCUCAUGUGGCUUUGGCCAAACAGCUGGCCGGUGACAUUGCCCUGGAGCUACAGGCCUACUUGCGGAACAAGUUCCCGGAACUGCCCUUUGGGCCACUUGUGCCUGGUGGUCCGCUCUAUGAUGGGCUGCAGGCAGGGGCUGCUGAACAUGUGCGCCUGCUGACACCACUGCUGCUGGAGCCGGGCCUGUGGAUUCUGGUACCUGGCGUGGACACUGUGGCCAGGGACCCUCGCUGCUGGGCAGUGCGCAGGACUCAGCUUGAGUUUCACCCCCGCGGGAGCAGCCCCUGGGACCGCUUCCUGGUAGGUGGCUACCUCUCCUCCCGUGUCCUGCUGGAGUUGCUCCGCAAGGCCCUGGUUGCCUCCGUCAACUGGCCAGCCAUUGGUAGCCUGCUCGGAUGCCUGAUCCGGCCCAGUGUGGCCUCGGAGGAGCUGCUGCUGGAGGUGCAGCAUGAGCGCCUGGAGCUCACUGUGGCUGUGCUUGUGGCAGUCACGGGGGCCCAUUCUGACAACCACCUCCUCCUGGCCUGGCCCCUGGAGGGCCUGGCUGGGAAUCUUUGGCUUCAGGACCUGUAUCCAGCAGAGGCUGCCAGGUUGCAGGCCCUGGAUGAUCAGGAUACUGGCACUCGCCGGAGGCUGCUGCUGCUACUGUGUGGUGUGUGCCGUGGCCAUCCAGCCCUGGGGCAACUGGGCCGGAGCCACCUGACCCAGGUGGUUCUUCGUCUGGGGGAAGAGGAAGUGGACUGGGCCGAGGAGGCCCUGGGGGAGCGCUUUCUGCAGGCCCUGGAGUUGCUCAUCAGCAGCCUGGAGCAGGCCAGCCUGCCCUGCCACUUCAACCCCAGCGUGAACCUCUUAGGUAGUUUGCGGGAGGAGGAGAUUGAUAGCAUUGGUUAUGCACUCUACAGUGGUCUACAGGUACCUGAGGGGCUGCUUUAGAUGGGUGGGGACCGGGCAGCCAGCAUGUUUUCUGAUAUUGGUGAUCUGUACCCAUCUCACUCCCAGGAAAUUGCUGUUUUUUUUUUUUGUUUGUUUGUUUGCUUUUAGCCAGAACACAGGAGAGUACACUACCUAGGCCCACAGGAUGGGCAUAUGCCUGGGCUAUGGUCCCUGGGAUCACUGAGCCCAGAGAGCUUAGGUAACUGUCACCUGAGUGUGACUGGGCUGCAACCACUCACUUAGGUGUCCCUCAGACCUUUGGGGUGACCUAGGACCUUGGGGUCAGACCAUAUCACCAGCAGCAAAUCCACUGAGAAUGUGUCUUCUCCAUCCCAACCAGUUCCAUUUUUCUGCCAAGACAGAAAUUUAGUACUUUUUUCAGGCGCCCGUGCCAGGCAUCCUGGAGGCAUCUAAGUAUCAUGUGUUUGUUUCCUCCCUGGGUGCUGGAGUACCUGGUAUUCCAGAGGCCAGCGUUUUGUUUUUAUUUUUUGGUACCAGGAAUUGAAUCCAGAGGCGCUUAACCACUGAGCCACAUCCCC